AUGGGAGACCUUUUUUCCUUAUUUUGGGAGGUAGAUCCUCCUCCCAUACCUUUAAGUUUUACCAUUCCUAAUCAGGAUUAUGAAUGCCGGAAGGAUGACUCUUGUGGGGCAAUAGGGAACUUCCUGCUUUGGUAUUUUGCCAUUAUAUCUGUCCUGAUGUUCUUGUCUCGGGCUUCUGUCUGGAUGUCUGAGACUAAAAAGGAUGAAGACGGUGGAACAAGUACUUCAGUAAGUAAAGCAAGCAAAGAAAAUUCUUAUAAGCGACAAAACAAAGACGGUUCCUGGGCCUUUUCUCAAACAAUGAAAAAAACAAAACAGGGUCGACUUUCCCCAGUAACGGACUCAGAAGUGGCCUUGGUCAUUGCCUAUCUAGAACAAAGACGAGCCAGGCGCCAGUCUCAACUCCAUCAGGUGAAUCAGACCCAACAUGACAGUGACACUACUGAGUGUGACAGUGAAGAAUCUAACUCAGGAGCCUCCUCAUGGAAGGAGAGUGAAAGUGAGCAGCAUCUGUCCCCAACCAUUGUUAAGAAGAGAAAAAUAGCUCAAAGGCAAGGAAAUCUGGGAAAUUACCAAAUCAGGGAAAGGCCCUGCCUCCACUGCAAAGCCAUGAGAACCAAUGAGUGGUUGACACGCCAUUUCCUACAGAACACUUCAGUAUCAGUCCCCAUGAAGGGAGAUACUCCAGAGGAAAAUGCUAUGCCUGACAUUAAUCCAAAAUUCAACAAAUUUUGA